AUGGAUUCUAUUCCAGAAAUAUCUUUAUUUAUUAUAAAACACACCGUAGCAGUGAAAUUUUACAUACUUGAAGCGUUUAAAGCUAUACAAGCAGCUGCUUAUGUUAAAUUUUCUACAACAUAUAAAUUUUCUUUAACAACAACUCUGUUGGGUUAUGAAUAUGUUUUCGGCGGAAGAACUGCCACUUUAUUUACAUCUUGA